AUGGGGUCUAGACAAAUAACUGAAAAGUCUCUGGCUAUGCUACGAUCUUUACCUAGAGUCUCAAUUGCAAACAUUCGUAACAAUCCUGGCUCAAAAAAAAAUAACAAACGAGGUCGUGGUCAACAUGGUGGUGAUAAACAUGGUGCUGGUAACAAAGGGUCAGGUCAACGCCAAAAUUACAUGAGACUAGGAUAUGAAACGGGCAAUAAUCCUUUUUAUUUGAGAAUGCCCCAUGAACCUUAUUAUAAAGGCCACCAUCUUCGGAGGCAAUAUCCCCCCUUAUCAUUAUUUGAAUUACAAAAAUUAAUAGACACAAACCGUUUAGACAUCACUAAGCCUAUAGAUAUUGCUAGCAUUGUAAAAUCAGGCCUUUAUCAUUUCUUCCCUGAUCAAAAACACUUUGGUCUUCAUUUAACUGAUGAAGGAGCAGAUAUCUUUGCUACAAAAAUUAAUAUAGAAGUUCAGUGGGCCAGUGAACCAGUAAUAGCUGCUAUAGAAAAAAAUGGUGGUGUCAUAACUACAGCUUAUUAUGACCCACACAGUUUAUUUCUUCUAAAAAAUCCCAAAAAAUUCUUUGAAUCAGGCCAAGCUAUACCAAGACGGAUGAUACCUCCACCAGAUGCAAUUGAAUAUUACACAAGUGCUGAAAUGAGAGGCUAUUUAGCCGAUCCUGAGAAAGUAUCACAGGAAAGAUUAAAAUUGGCACAAAAAUAUGGAUAUACAUUGCCUAAAAUUGAAAGUGAUCCAAAUUAUAACUUGUUAUGUGAAAGAAAAGAUCCUAGACAAAUUUUCUAUGGAUUGGAGCCUGGAUGGGUUGUAAACUUAAAAGACAAAUGUAUUUUAAAACCUAAAGAUGAACAAUUAUUGCAGUUCUACUCAUCA